GUGUGGGGGCGUCAGGGAGACAGGGAGGGAGGCUACAAUGGGCACCACCAGGCACAGCUGGCACUUGUAGAGCAGGGCCGCAUCCUGAGUCAGGCAGGCUCGCUUAUUUGGCUGCAGCUCCGUUUACACCCCUCAAAGCCAUUACCCAGGAGAGAGGCGUAGUAUGCUGGACCUAGGGGCCCCAGAGCCUUAAGGUGCAUUCAGACAGAGUGCUGAAUCCCAUCUCCUUUGUGACUUCAGUGUCUGAGGAGAUUUGGUUGGCAUAUUUUUGGUGAGAGGCUUAGGGGCUUUCCUCCCAUUUCAAUGGCCAACACACGGAGUAUUGAGCUGGAACAUUUUGAGGAGAGGGACAAAAGGCCGCGGCCAGGCUCCAGAAGAGGGGGGCCCAGCUCCUCAGGGGGCAGCAGCAGCUCAGGCCCCAAGGGGAAUGGGCUCAUCCCGAGCCCUGCACACAGUGCCCACUGCAGUUUCUACCGCACCCGGACCCUGCAGGCCCUCAGCUCCGAAAAGAAAGCCAAGAAGGCCCGAUUCUACCGGAAUGGGGACAGGUACUUCAAGGGCUUGGUAUAUGCCAUCUCCAGCGACCGCUUUAGGUCCUUCGAUGCCCUCCUCAUGGAGCUCACCCGCUCCCUAUCAGACAAUGUGAACCUGCCUCAGGGAGUCCGAACCAUUUACACCAUUGAUGGCAGCCGGAAACUCACCAGCCUGGAGGAGCUGGUUGAAGGUGAAAGUUAUGUAUGUGCAUCUAAUGAACCAUUUCGCAAAGUCGAUUAUACCAAGAAUGUUAAUCCAAACUGGUCAGUGAACAUCAGGGCUGGGUCAGCUCGGCCAGUGACACCGUUAGCUUCUACAAAGAGUGAAGUGAAGGAAAGCAAAGAUUUCAUCAAGCCCAAAUUGGUGACUGUGAUUCGGAGUGGAGUGAAACCCCGGAAAGCUGUGAGGAUCCUGCUGAAUAAAAAGACGGCCCAUUCGUUUGAGCAAGUCUUAACAGACAUCACAGAAGCAAUUAAACUUGAUUCGGGUGUUGUCAAGAGGCUGUGUACCCUUGAUGGGAAGCAGGUUACUUGCCUACAAGACUUUUUUGGUGAUGACGAUGUUUUUAUUGCCUGUGGACCUGAAAAAUUCCGUUAUGCCCAAGAUGACUUCGUCUUGGAUCACAGUGAGUGCCGUGUCUUGAAGUCAUCAUAUUCUCGUUCCCAUGGUACAGCUAAGCAGUCUGGAUCCAAAAGUCCCGGGCCUUCACGUCGCAGCAAAUCACCUGCCUCAGUAAAGAGGGGUGGCCUCUACUCCACUGCUCAUUCUACAGCUAAAUCCCCAGUUAAUGGAACUCCCAGCAGUCAACUUUCCACUCCCAAAUCAACAAAAUCCUCCAGCUCUUCUCCAACCAGUCCAGGAAGCUUCAGAGGACUCAAGAUUCCACCACACUGUGGGUCUUCUUCCAAUGUGAAUGGUGGACCUGAACUGUACCGAUGCCUGAGCCCGGAAGGUGUGAAUGGAAACAGGUGCUUUGAGUCAUCAACUCUUCUUGACAAAUACAGAAUUGGCAAGGUCAUUGGGGAUGGCAAUUUUGCAGUGGUGAAGGAAUGCAUAGAGAGGUCUACUGGAAAGGAGUUUGCCCUAAAAAUUAUAGAUAAAACCAAGUGCUGUGGAAAGGAACACCUGAUUGAGAAUGAAGUGUCAAUACUGCGCAGAGUUAAACAUCCAAAUAUAAUCAUGCUGAUUGAGGAAAUGGAUACUGCCACUGAGCUUUUUCUGGUGAUGGAAUUAGUUAAGGGUGGAGAUCUCUUUGAUGCUAUUACUUCCUCAACCAAGUACACUGAGCGAGAUGGGAGUGCAAUGGUGUACAAUCUAGCGAGUGCCCUGAAGUAUCUUCAUGGCCUCAAUAUCGUGCACAGAGACAUCAAGCCCGAGAACCUUUUGGUGUGUGAAUAUCCAGAUGGAACCAAAUCUUUGAAACUGGGAGAUUUUGGGCUGGCCACUGUGGUUGAAGGGCCGUUAUAUACUGUCUGUGGCACACCUACUUAUGUGGCUCCAGAAAUAAUUGCUGAGACUGGCUAUGGCCUGAAGGUGGACAUCUGGGCAGCAGGUGUGAUCACAUACAUCCUCCUCUGUGGAUUCCCACCGUUCCGCAGUGAGAAUAACCUUCAAGAAGACCUCUUUGAUCAGAUCCUUGCUGGAAAGUUGGAGUUUCCUGCCCCCUACUGGGAUAAUAUCACUGACUCAGCAAAGGAAUUAAUCAGCCAGAUGCUGCAAGUCAACGUGGAAGCUCGAUGUACAGCAGGACAGAUCCUGAGUCAUCCCUGGGUGUCAGAUGAUGCCUCCCAGGAGAAUAAUAUGCAAGCUGAGGUCACAGGUAAACUGAAACAGCAUUUUAACAAUGCCCUGCCCAAACAGAACAGCACGAACACCGGGGUCUCCGUCAUCAUGAACACAGCUCUAGAUAAAGAGGGUCAGAUUUUCUGCAGCAAGCACUGUCAAGAUGCCAGCAGAGCUGGGAUGGAGCAAACCUCUCCCAUUCCUUCUCCUGCCAAGGAGCCUCCCAUGCCUGAGUCUGCAGACCGCCAUCCCUUUGCUUCUCUGGAGACACCUACCUCCCCUAACCCUCCUGCAGCAGCCAGUGGUGAACAUGCUGGGUCCUGGCGGCGCCUUCGUGACUGACACCCGGCCAGACCGAUUGCAGCACACAGGGAUGUGGGAAAGCCCAGUCUCUCCCCUCUCCCUUCCCUUUCCUUGUCGUGGCCUGUUUUUAAGUUUGUCACUGGGGAAUCAGGAGCCUAUUGUUGGGGAGCACCAUGGCUGGUGAGAAACUUUGGAGCUCUGGCAUCUGCCUUGAGCAUGCUGUGGGAUAGACUUUGGACAAACACUUUGGAGCUCUUUUUUUAAACAUCAACUUUUCUGUUGAAUGGGCACUUCAACGGUCUCCCCUUAUCCCUUCCCAUCAUCAAAACUUGGAACUUUGUCAAGCACUAAUUGCAUUUUUAAAAUAGAAGCCCUUUGGAUGGACUAAGAUACUUUCGUUUCUUUGAACAUAAAGAACUCUGCUGGGCAGAAGAAUUUUUCUCUCAAAGAGGCAAAACCUUGUCAUUUGUCCCUUAGCUCAUUGGCACAGGCCAGUGUCCUGUCAGAGUGGAGAGACUCAUUGUGCAGGGCAGAAAAGGUAAGCGCCCAAGAGAGGGAGGAGAAAUACGGUCUUUGGACCCAACCCUCCAAGAUCUGGACUUAGAGAAGAGGUGACAGUAACAACACCCAUUUGUUGCAUUGCUUGUGAAAACACUGGCUAUUUAUUUUUUCAAAGAUUAGGGGGAAAUGGUGUUUCUUUCCUAUAUGUUCUGAAGCUUUCCUUUCAUUCUGCUCUUCAAAAGUCCCAUCUCCCAGGCGCUAUUAGAAAAUAACAAUUUCAUAUUACUUUGGUCUUUUGAAUGGCAGGCUUGCCUGCCUCCUGCCUGAUGAGCUGGAUUUGGGGUUGUUUGCCCUUCUACAGGAAGUGGAGCUCAGCUGCUUGAAGAGGGGACAGAUGUUUUCUUCCACCAUCUUGCUUCUUGUGCCCAGCGGGUGCUGGCAAGCACUGAGAUGAGGGACCUUGAACGUCCUGCAGCCUGAAUGCCCUCAGAGGAAAGUGUUCCCAAUGCUUCACACUCUGGAUAGUGUGGGAAAGGAGACUUUGCCUUCCUUUCUCCUACUUUGCUCAUCUCAGUUAUGUAUCCGCUGACUUGGUUUACCUGCUCAUCUUUCACAAGCGAGGCCCGUUUGAUUCAUUCUGGCUUGAUGUUAAGAGCUUGCAGUGUUAACAGACCCACAAUAAACUUUUUCUUGAUGAGAAAACAAUCAUUGGUUGGAGGGAGGGAAGAGCCAAAGUAAUUAUUCUAAGGACUCUCGGACACAUUACUUUGUUUCUAUCAGGGUUGGCUUUGAGGCAGUUUUAGCAGAAGCCAGAAUCCCUUUGGACUAGAUCAUGGAUUGAGGAGGGCUUGCACCUUGAGAAAUCAUGUGGGGAUGUCUCCACAUCUUAGGGACAGCUAAUGGUGGGAAGGGAGAAGGUAUUUUUAGAACUUUAUCCGUGGGCCUUUCAAAGACAUCACAGACAGAAGGUACAAUCUGAAUAGUCAAAGCCUGUGACCCAGAUAGUUUUAGAAGAAACUGCGUAUGGUUGAAAGAUUACAAAAUUUCAUUUAGAAUUUACUAAGUUUAGAGAGGGAUGUACCAUAUUGAAAACCCAAACAUGAGCUGAACGUGUUAUCCACAUGUUCUUGGCCAGGUGAGAAGAAAGAUGAUAGGUUGUCUCAUCCAGUAACAGGGCAGCCUCGGCUAAUUUGGUAUCUCAGUCACAAGUUCUGAUGCUGAUUUGCUUUGGGUAAUUUAUGCCAUUCCUUUUUCCAUUUCUGUGAAAGGAAGGUAAAAGUUAUUUGUUUUGUGCUAAAGGCUAGUUAGUGAUCAGACAGAAAGAGAGGUGCGUUGCAGGGAAAGGUAAGAAGCAACCACCCAAAAGCAGCCUAGGGUUUGCCAAACUCACCUGGUUUCUUAUUGGAAUGGGGGAUGCCAUGGGCAUCCAGUAUUCUGAUUUGAGUAUGGCAUUUGACCAAAUGUUUCAUGACAUCCUUUUGAUUGAGGGGACAAAGUAUGGCUUGGAUCAUAGUACUGAUAAGCGGGUCCCCAUGAAUGGUUUGGUGCCAUCCUGGCAAAGCCCAUAGGACUGCAUCUGAACUCCUUGUUACCAGUGAUUCAUAUGAAGACAUGCAAAGCCUGUUGUUUAAAUCUGCGGGGCAUAGGAAACUGGGCUGGACAGCAAAUGAGUGUUUUCUCUAGCGAGCCGGAUGGGGCUUCACACGCCCCUUCAUUUUACAGAUGAGGAAACCAAGGCUCAUGGAGAUUAAGUGAUUUGCCUAAGGUCAUAUGGAUAGGAAGUAUCAGAGAUGGGAUCUGAAGAUGACAAUCAAGCUCCAAAAUAAUGUUGAUAGACUGGAAUAAUGGGGUCAUAUGAACAAGGUAAAAUUUAACGGGGGUGGGGAGGGUUCGUGUAAUGUCUUACAUUUAAUUUUUUGAAAAUCAGAUGUACAGAUACAGAAUGAGAAGGAUCUAGACUGAGAAACAGUUUGUGUCAAAAAUCAAGCAGUCGUAACAUGUAAUAUGCAAAACAAACCCCAAAACCCAGUUUAAUCUUUGGUUCUAUUAAUAGGAAUAUGGUCGUAUAUCAUUCUAUUGUCCUUCGGUCAGACCAUGCCUGGAGUGUUGGGCUCUGUUCUGGGCACCACAUAUUAAUAGGGAAUGUUUGUGAGAAUGUCCUUCUAGGGGGAGGACAAUCAGGGUGUUUGGCUUACUUAAAAGCAAGCCACUCAAACAGUGGCUUGGAGGACCUGGGGACUGAAGAGAAUCAAAGAGAAGUGAUGUUAAGGGGAAGACGUAGUCUAUUCAGCUUUUUGAAGUAAUGUAAUGUUGAAAAAAAUUAGAUUUAUUGGGUGUGGUUCCAGAGUGUAGAGGCAGAUAAGCACCCAGAUUUUGGUCAAGCACAAGGAAGAACUCAUCCCUGCUCAUUAAAAUUGUAGUAGUACAGUCUGCCUUGGGAUGUUUACUACGUUGGCCUCCUACCAACGGAGGUUCUAAAGAAGAGGCUGGUUGGAUGACCAUUUGUCAGAGAUGUUCUAGAGGGGAUUAGUGGAGAGGGUGGAAGGUUCAAGUCCUUUCCAACUUUUGAGAUUCCAAGACAUCCAGACCUUUGAACAAACACCCAUUAAACAUGGUCCAGUUUAUAAUCUUGCAGGUGGUUCAGAAUCCAGAGGUGUGGCCUUUUCUUUCUCUGCUUAUUCUAACACGUCCUGGCAUGAUUUCCAUGUGAGUUAUUUCAUUAGUGUGUUGGAAGAAUCUGCCAUGGCAAACCUCUUUAGUGAGUGAGUCUUCAUGGCUCAUUCUUACCCUUGUGGUUUCUUGUGGUUAUAAGGAAAAGAAAACUUAAGGGUGAAAACUGGGUAAUGAAGGUCUUUAAUUAUCGGUCAAUUUCCCCUUGGAUGAAAAGCAAACUUGGGAUGAGCAAUAAGGCAAAGUAGUUUUCCCAUGAUGGGUCUGGUUUGUUUUAAGUUUAAGGACUGAACAGCUGUGUAUAGGGAAGGAAAAAGGGGAAGGAAACACAACAGAAUCAGAAGGCACAAGGCAGCCAUUUUUUCUUGAUCUGCAUCUGAGGGAUGACUAUUGACAAUUUGUUUUCUUUAAAGGAAUAAAUAUGCCACUGUAAGAUCUGAUUUCUCAUAUUGUAGUCCUAGGCCACAGUGACUUGAAAACAUUGGCAGGAGUCAGGCAUCUCCUAAUUUGUGCGCUAAUCUGUUCCCUCCUGGUGCAAAACCACACCCCUCUUUCUCCUAUUUAGGAGAGAAGAAACAAAUACAGCCUUUGUUCUUUGAGACUUGGGCCUGAGGGCUCUUUGUGCACUUCCUUUGAAUGUCAUCUAGGCUAGGGGCUAACCCAAGGUGUUACUAAUAGUGCUGUCCAUGAUUCUGGACACCUAGGAAAUCUGUCAUAUGAUCAGUUUUAAUCUUGCUGCAAGAAAAAUUCAAAUGCUGAUUUUUUUUUUCCCUAGUGAACCAAGAAGAAAUAGGAAAGCAGGAAUGUUUUUCUCCUGUUCAAGGCACAUUUUCCGUUCUGGGGUAUUUACAUUUGAUAUUUCCCAAACUAAUUUCCCAUGUACCUGCCACCUAUGAAGCAUAAACAACAAGAAGUGGAAUAAAUGCUAGAAAACGGG